GUUUUUAUAUUUUCAGUUUGUACGUCUAUAUUGAUGAACUCUCUGAUUUUAUUUGUUUUGUAUCAACAUCGAUCCAGACUUAUGUUCACUGAUUAUUUCAUCGUUUCCUUGGCUAUCACAGAUUUGGGAAGCCCUUUAUUUGCCUAUCCGAUGGCUUGUACGUCUUCCUAUUCUCACAAAUGGCUGUACAAAGACAUAGGAUGUCAGAUAAAUGGAUUUUUGGGUUUCUAUUUUGGUAUAUGUGGUAUGGAAACAUUGGCUGUAAUGAGUUUUGUGAGAUAUAUUAAAAUAUGUCAUAGACGAUACGCCGCCAGAUUGAAUGAUUGUUGGACGUAUUUCAUGAUAAUUGCUAUAUAUGUGAGUUGUGCAAUCAUCGCAGGAUGUCCGUUUUUUUCGUGGGGAGAAUAUGAUUUGGAAAUAUUCGGUACCUCGUGUUCAGUAGUUUGGAGGAAAAGAGAUUUGGGAUAUAUUACAUUCAUCAUGAUAACGUGUUUAGUCAUACCCUUUUUUGUGAUGUGUGCUUCGUAUAUUGGAAUUGUACGAGUAACAAGGUGCUAUGCGAAAGCGUCUAGAUCCAAACAUUCUGCAAUAUUAACCCGAGUAUAUGUUUUGUAUUUUCAGACUACCUUGUUCAUGUGUAUUGCCUUUGUAUCAGCUUGGAUGCCUUACGCAGUAAUAAGCAUGUUAAGCGUGCUGUACGAUAGAGAAGUGGUAACAGAAGAUAUCAGUAUUGUCCCUCAUCUGGUAGCCAAAUCCUCACAUCUUCUCAAUCCAGUAGUUUAUUUCUUUAUGAACAAUAAAUACCAGAGAUAUGUA